CGCCGGGGGCAGCCGGCGGCCCCGGCCGCAACCCCAGCCCCGCGGGGGCCGCGCCUCCCCGGCUCCAGGGCUGCGGCGGCGAGCGGCGCACGGGCGGGUGGGCAAGCGGCCCGGUCGGCUGGGUCCGCAGCGUGCCCUGCGUCCCAUGGAUAUAGCAACAGGUCCCGAGUCGCUGGAGAGGUGCUUCCCCCGCGGGCAGACGGACUGCGCCAAGAUGUUGGAUGGCAUCAAGAUGGAGGAGCACCCCCUGCGCCCCGGGCCCGCCACUCUGGGGGUACUGCUGGCAGGCUCGGACUGUCCGCAUCCCGCCGUCUGCGAGGGCUGCCAGCGGCCGAUCUCCGACCGCUUCCUGAUGCGAGUCAACGAGUCGUCCUGGCACGAGGAGUGUUUGCAGUGCGCGGCGUGUCAGCAAGCCCUCACCACCAGCUGCUACUUCCGGGAUCGGAAACUGUACUGCAAACAAGACUACCAACAGCUCUUUGCUGCCAAGUGCAGCGGCUGCAUGGAGAAGAUUGCACCCACGGAGUUCGUGAUGCGGGCGCUGGAGUGCGUGUACCACCUGGGCUGCUUCUGCUGCUGCGUGUGUGAGCGACAGCUGCGGAAGGGUGACGAGUUUGUGCUCAAGGAGGGCCAGUUGCUAUGCAAGGGUGACUACGAGAAGGAGAAGGACUUGCUCAGCUCCGUGAGCCCCGAUGAAUCCGACUCCGUGAAGAGUGAGGAUGAGGACGGAGACAUGAAGCCCACUAAGGGGCAGGGCAGCCAGAGCAAGGGCAGCGGGGACGACGGCAAGGACCCGAGGCGGCCCAAGCGACCUCGCACCAUCCUCACCACGCAGCAGCGAAGAGCCUUCAAGGCCUCCUUCGAGGUCUCCUCCAAGCCCUGCCGGAAGGUCCGGGAGACGCUGGCGGCCGAGACAGGCCUCAGUGUGCGGGUGGUCCAGGUCUGGUUUCAGAACCAAAGAGCAAAGAUGAAGAAGCUGGCCAGGAGGCACCAGCAGCAGCAAGAGCAGCAGAACUCCCAGCGGCUGGGCCAAGAGGUCCUGUCCAGCCGGAUGGAGGGCAUGAUGGCUUCAUACACGCCGCUGGCCCCGCCGCAGCAGCAGAUCGUAGCCAUGGAGCAGAGCCCCUACGGCAGCAGUGACCCCUUCCAGCAGGGCCUCACGCCGCCCCAAAUGCCAGGUGACCACAUGAACCCCUAUGGGAACGAUUCCAUCUUCCACGACAUCGACAGCGAUACCUCCCUCACCAGCCUCAGCGACUGCUUCCUCGGCUCCUCCGACGUGGGCUCCCUGCAGGCCCGCGUGGGGAACCCCAUCGACCGGCUCUACUCCAUGCAGAGUUCCUACUUCGCCUCCUGAGGGCAGCCGGGCUGCACGGACGCUUGGGCAUGGCCUGGGCUGGGCUGGGACUCGGGCUCAGCCGCCUCCUCACCAGCCUGGCCAGGUGCCCGCAAAGACUCUGCAGACAGCCAUAUGGUGCCCUCCCCUCGGACAGCCGGGCCUGGUUCACGUGCUCAGUGGGCCCAGCCGGAAAGGCAGAUGGGCGCGGCCUGGGAGGGGCUGUGUCCUGCCCACAAAGACCUUGUCACCCUGGGACAGCCCCUCGUCUCCCAGCCCCACCUGGAUGCCAUCGCCUCCUUCUCCCUCCCCGUCUCUUUUUUGGGAAGCUUAAAUUCUCUCUAUUUUUUUAAAUGUCCUCUCUGUGUCCGGCCAACCUCCGUGGUUCCCGGAGCCAGCCCGUGACGAUGUGGGGACUCCGUACCUGGGACCCGAGGAACAUGUGUCCUGGUCCCACUGCGGAGCCCACGAUCGCAUGUCCUCCCAGCCCGAGCGAGAAGCAGAGGUGGGGAGGAGCCGGGCAUAAGUGACAGGCCACCAGGGCCACCAGGGCUCUGCCUGAAGUGGAGGGGAGUGGACAGAGACCCAUGCACACCUGCAGCCCUGCACACACACAGCACAUGCACACGCACCCACACACCCAUGUCCAGAGCCGAGGGAGGCAGUGGGGCUCUGUGACCACCCGGCCACAUCAGCAAGGGGAACAGGGCGAGGGGUGCAGCUGGAGUGGUGAAAGGGGACAGCAGCAGGGUGGUGGGAAGGAUGCAGCUGUGUCCGGGCCUCAGCCCAGCUGGAGCCACCUGGGCAGGGAGGGCAGCCCCGCCCUCCAGCUGGAGUCAGGCUCACAGCAGGAGCUCCAGGUAGCUAAGUACCUGCUCUGAGCAGCCUCUGCACCUCCUCCCUGCCCCCAUGAUGGCUCUCACGGCCUCUGCCAGCCUGGGUCGGGGCCCUUCCCUGCCCAUUUGCCUCUGCCUUUCCCAGCCCUCAGUUUUGCUUCUCAAAGCCAGGCUUCCCGGGUUCUCUAGCUCCUCCCCCCCCCCCCCACACACACACCGGGCUCCAGCUUCCUCUCUAAAGACGUGCAGCAGGCAGCUCUAAACUGAUUUUCUCCCUGACAAGUAGCGGGCCUCGGAGAUCAGGCCCAUCACCUCCUCUGCUUUCGGCACCCCACCUCUGCUAAUGUGGCCAGAGAGCUAGUGAGUGGUUUGGGCCAUGUGACCUUGGAAAGUUACACUGCCCUUUUGUAACGAGUCCCCUAGGCCUAGGACCCAAGUGACAGCUGUGCUACACCUUUUUGUGUGUAGGUAAGCGGGGAGGGAGAGACUGUGGCUUGUUUCCUUACUUGAUUCCAUUACCUGUGGCCCGCUCUGUGACCACUGGUCCUCCCUCCCCAGCGCUGUAAGUGACGAGCUGGCGCUCGUGUCUCCCUGAGGCGUGGGGCCGUGGGAGCCUCUCACUGCCUGGCAUUGGCCUUGGCCCAUGGACUCCCACACAUCUCUGCCUCCCUGGCCCACGAGGGCUGCAGACUAUGCAUCCUCGCCUGUCUCCUCCAUUCUCCCCCUGCAGAGAGGAUGUGAGGGCAGCUGACAGCCUGUCCCAGUGACCCCACACUGGCCCUGCUAAUCACUGUGCCUCUCUGGGUGCUUCGACCCUACUCUGACUUCCAAAUCCAGACUUUGAGCCCUUGAGGGUGAGAAGUGUCUCCCACACCUUGCAGCUCCAUUUGCAGCCUGUGCCACCUCCUGCUGGCCCCAGGCCCCCAUGCUCGCACCCCACCUGGUCACCACCAGAGCUGUCAGAAGGGAGUUUGUGACCCCAGCAGCUGGCCAGGCCCUCCUUUGUUCCUCUUGUCACACAGAGAACAUGGCCAAAGCCUCAGCUCAUGUCCUCUGUCCUCUGGGCUGGAUCUGGAAUCCUUUAGAUCCCACCCACAUGACACAGCUGGCAGACCUGAGCCAGGAGAGGGCAAGUUAGGGGCCGGGCCCUUCUUCCUCCUUUUAGGAGCCCUGGCUUCUCCUGCCUCCACACAGGGGCCCCAGCCAGGAGCUAGUAUCGGGACACCCAUGGUGUGACCUCCAGGUUGUCAGAGCCGCAGAGGCCCCAGAGAGCCCCCAUGCCCGAGGCACCAUUAGCUGUGCUCCCAGGCCAAAGCUCUUCCAGGAGAGGCCAAAGCUCUGUCCCAGUCCUGGCCAGAAGUUAAGAGACCCAUUUCUCAGGUGCAGGAGCCCCGGAGGCUUGGGGAUGGAGGGCUCUGUGGGGUUUGGGGUAAGUGCGGGAAGAUGCAGGAUCACCCCAUGACUGCCCUGAGGGGCGCCCCUCUACUGGGGUGGGGUGGCUGGGGCAGAGCCCAGGGGAGGAGGGAGGAGCUGGGUCUGCUCUGCAGGAAGAGGCAGAAGGUGAGAAGGGCCAGGGCGCUGUGGAGAAGAGCCACGCUCUGUCUACCUGCUGGGGACUUCGAGCGCAGACAGGGGAAGCCAGGCUUUGGUCCAGCCAGGGGCUCUGUGGUUCUGGGACCUCACAGCGGCCGCAGGGACAGAGGGACCCUGUGGUCGUGAGGGUCAGACCAAGGGGCAGGCGGAGCCUUAGGAGAAGGGCCACACCUGGGGGCUACCGUGGAAGGAGCUUCCCGCGCACACGUACACACGCACACUCACACCUGCCACACUUGGAGACACACGACCCACACUCACAGGACCUGGGGCCAGGGGAGCAGCAAGGACCGGCCCACACGCUGACCCCUGGAAGGUGACAUCACCAGCGAGCUCAGUGCAGCAGGCGGGGACCGGCCGGACGCGCCCCACUCCCCUUGUACAGACUCCAUCACUGCCACCCGCCUCCCCACACACAUUUUAUUUAAUAACUUGUCAUUGUUAAAUUAUUUAUUAGCGUUUACCACUCUCACCCUGCCUUCCGCUCUCACCUUCCGCCUCUUCCCACAAGAGCAGAAAACGGAAGCAGAAACGAGCAAAGACAAGACGUCGGUAUAUUUGUAAAUAAACCAACCUGUACACG